CUAACAAAUGUUCAUAGAAACCUAUGUGACUACCAGAGUCCAGAGAAGCGCUUUAAAAAGCAAGCUGGGCAAGAGGAGCAAUGUUUUACCGUUCUAUUGGAGAAGGCAUCCCAAGCUCCUACGAGAGAGGAGGGCACAGAACAGGCAUUGGAUCAAGACGAGCUGAUUGGAGGAAGCGUGCUUUAAGUGGCAAAGGUAAUCCCGCUCUUGGGGGGCGUGUAGCCUUUUCAGUUCCUGGCCACUCAUUUCGGUGGAGGUAGAGUUGGCACCGGAACAGAGACUAAGGUCCUAGAUCCAGACCCUCCCACUGCUUCCCCCACCUCCCCGCAGCUGGAACCAGUUGUGAGCGGUUUUACUACGGGGCCUGUGGGAUAGGUCUGCUGCCCCUGAGAGAAGAAGGGCAUCUGCAUCCAUGUCACUGUGCGCAGGCUGAGGCCAGCGAGCCCCAUUUGGCUUUUCCGCUACUCCGGUGCCUGGGGUGCAGCGGGCGGCACCGCACAGCGGCGACCGUCUGGCGCGCGCUCCACCCGCCGCUCCUCCCACCGGGCGGGCUCACCUUCAAGUGUGCGGUGGUUGCCGGGAUCUUCCCUCCAUUCCCAGAAGCUUUUAACACUGGAAGCCCAUGAACAAUGAAUUCAUUUCACUCAACCUUUUGGAACACCACUACUGAAAUUUUAAACAAAUCCUGGAAUAAAGAGUUUGCUUUUGAAGCCCCUAGCAUUGUGGAUACAGUCAUCCUUCCUUCCAUGAUUGGGAUUAUCUGUUUAACAGGGCUGGUUGGCAACAUUCUCAUUGUAUUCACAAUAGUAAGAUCAAGGAAAAAAACAAUCCCUGACAUUUAUAUUUGCAACCUGGCUGUGGCUGAUUUAGUUCACAUUAUUGGAAUGCCUUUUCUUAUUCACCAGUGGGCCCAAGGAGGAGAGUGGGUGUUCGGGGGGCCUCUCUGUACUACCAUCACAGCCCUGGACACCUGCAACCAGUUUGCCUGCAGUGCCAUCAUGACUGUAAUGAGUGUGGACAGGUACUUGGCCCUUGUCCAACCAUUUCGACUAACGAGUUGGAGAACAAGGUACAAGACCAUCCACAUCAAUUUGGGCCUUUGGGCAGCUUCCUUUAUUCUGGCGUUGCCUGUCUGGGUCUACUCGAAGGUCAUCAAAUUUAAAGAUGGUGUUGAGAGUUGUGCUUUUGAUUUAACAUCCCCUGACGAUGUACUCUGGUAUACACUUUAUUUGACAAUAACCACGUUCUUUUUUCCUUUACCCUUGAUUCUAAUGUGCUAUAUUUUAAUUUUAUGCUAUACUUGGGAGAUGUAUCAACAAAAUAAGGAUUCUAGAUGUUACAAUCCCAGUGUCCCAAAGCAGAGAGCAAUGAAGCUGACAAAGAUGGUGCUGGUACUGGUGGCAGUCUUCAUCCUCAGUGCUGCCCCCUACCACGUGAUACAGCUGGUGAACUUACAGAUAGAGCAGCCCACCAUGGCCUUCUACGUAGUCUACUACCUCUCCAUCUGCCUCAGCUAUGCUGGGAGCAGCAUUAACCCUUUUCUCUAUAUAAUGUUGAGUGGAAAUUUCCGGAAACGUCUGCCUCAAGUUCCAAGGAGGAUGACUCAAAGGGAAAUCAACAAUAUUUAAACUAUACUGAAAUCAAGCUUUUAGGGGCAUACUUGGAUCAUCAAGAGCCUAAAUAGGUUUGUCUAUGAUAUCAUAAUCCGUUUGAAUCAAAUGUAUGAAAUAUGAUAUGUCAAGAGCUUUGUAAUGUUUUGAACAACUAAUAAAAAAAUAAAGAAAAAAAAAGGACAGGGAAAUUGGGGUGCUGGUACCCACCUUCUUCUUGUGUACUUAGCCUCAUGAAACGGCAGUGUAGCCAUUUGAUGCAAUGAGUUUAAUAUGCUCAGUUUAGCAAGAUAUAAGUGUUGAUUUGUUUGGGAGCUUGGGGAGUGGGAUAUAUGAAUACCCAAGCUCUGUGGUUAUGUAUGUUAUUUCACAUGUCAUAAACCAGUCACUGAUAAAAAUGGCCAUCCAUGACCAUCAGCUCCAACCUCACCAAGGACCUGGCCUUACCAUUUACACUAUAAGUGGGUUUCUACACUGUGGAAUUACUACCGAUGCUUUUCUCUGUUCUGUUCAUAGGAAGUGAGUCCCUAAGCAUAGCCCAACCUCAAAGGAGUAGUGGGAAAUUUGGAAAUUAAGCUUUAUUUCCUGGAAAAGGGAGUAUCAGCAGAUUAGUAAAGAAGGUUUUUCUCCUUUUCCCUCAGGCAGAUAUUUAUUAGAGUCCCUGCAGCCCCUGGCAGGGGACCAUCUUACAGUAAGGUCUGAAAUCUGGUCAUUUGGUAAUAUCUUUAGAAAUGUCAGCUUCAUAUGGGCCAAUCCAAUACCUUCAAUAACUAGGCUCUACCUUUAUCAUCUAUCGCCUACAUGCAAUGUUUAAUAUUUUAUUUGACAAAACUAUGAGGUACCAUUACUUGGGGAAGGUUGUAGUAAACCUAGUGCUGAACAGCUACCUAAGAACUGGACUGAAUCCAGGUCUCUUGUUUGAGUUUUCUGCGCAGCGUCUUGACAAACAGUCCUUAUGGUGGAAAGAGCCAGUAACCUGGAGUUUCUUCUGCUUUCUCCAACAGACCCACAAGAAGUCAAGUCUGAAAGUGAACUGAUAGUUUAAGUAUAUUAUUUUGAAUUUAGCUUUGUUCUCAUAGCUGCUAAUUGUAAAAACCAGCAUUUUAAUAAUAGUCCUUCGCUUCAAGCCAUUAAAUAUCAUUAGGAAGUGUUCCCAUUUAGGUUUAACUAUGUGUUUAUUUAAGGUACAAAAAGAAUUAGCCCUCAAACUCAUAAUAUUCAUUAUAGCUAUCUUUUCCUCUUUUAGUGUGUAUAAAACUUGCCUUUUGAUACAAUUAGGAAGGAAAGAAUGCUUUUAAAGCCUGUCUUUUCAACAAAGGCAAAUGUGAUUUUGUUUGUGGAUAAAAUCUGUAACUUGCCUCCUUUGUCUAGAGCCAUAAAAUUGUUCACUCUGUGGACAUUUGAUUUUUAAUCAGCCCAUUUUAGAAAAUGUGUCACAGAUACCAGCUUUUAAAUGAACUUAUCUCCAUUUUUAAUCUCUCAGUUGUAUUUGAAACACAUGAAUUUUAACCCAGUGUUAACUUAAUGGUCAAAUCUUUGACUAAAGAUCUUUUGGGCACUAUUUUGGAAUAAUGUAAUAGUUGAAUGCACACCUGUAUCAAUAGCCAUGUGCAACUUACAAAUAGGUCAGAUCCGAGACAUUUGAGUUCUGCAGUGGGGGUAUGGGGGGCUGCACACAGAGGUUGCUCCUUUAUGAUUUCAAUCAAAAGCUGUGUCAUGACUUCGAUUUCAGGGGUCUUCAUUUUCACUUUUAUAAGGUGCAACAGUCUGGAUUCAGUGAAUAACCCUGAAAUAUGCCCACCCAACAGUGUGGGUCAGAAUCAGAUGUUUCUUUUCAUUGCCUAUUUAGUACAGAAAAUAUUAUAAAUUUAAAGAUUUAAAUGGUUUUAAACCAACAGACAUUUUUCUAAUAGUAUUUGCAACAGUACUCAAAUAAUUAUAAAAUAUAAAUGGGCCAGUGAAUUAUUUUAAUUUAUAUCCAUUAAAAGUUGUAAAAAAAAAAACCUAACACUUAGUCAAAGUAGAAAAUAAAAUGGAUAACUAUUAAAUUCAUUUUUGUGCCUUUAUAUUAGUUUUUCUAUGCAUAAGCAAAUUUCUGUGCAGAGUUACAGAGGUGGUUUGACAGAUUCCAUAUGUAUCUUUUAUUUUUGUGCAUUAUGUGUGUACAUUGUUUACUUUCAAGUAAAAUUAGCAAUGAUCAGUUCUAUUAAAAAUUAAUCAGUUCUAUUAAAAAAUUAAUACUGAAGCAUUUGUCUAUAGUAAAUCAUAAUUGUAUACCUCCUUUCUGUUUAUUCAAUUUUAGGUGCCUCAUUUGAACUUUGUUCAAUAA